AUGGACGGUAGCGGAAAGGGACCUUCUUCCGCGCCUGAAGGCGGUGGUUCCUGGCCCGGCGGACCGAAUCGGCCCCGUGACGGCCCUUACGGCGGGGGCGGCGGCGGAGACAGCGGGCUAGGCCCAGGCAGAGAUAUGGGCGGACCUGGCGCUGGGAUGGGACCGGAGGGAACGGGGGGUAUGGGGAUGAUGGGCAUGGGAACCAUGGGCGGAAUGGGGAGUAUGGGAGGAACGGGGGGGGUGGGGGUUUCAGGUUAUGGGUUUGAUCCGAUGUACCCGCAAGGGUACGGCGGAGGAGGAGGAGGCGGAGAUUCGUCGCGGAAGUGGGGAAAAGGGGAGGGAUCCGCGGAAGGUAGCGCGCAGGCGGGAUCUGGACCUGGUAUGGGAGGCAUGGCCGGGCCUGGAGGUAUGGGAGGGUCUGGGCACGGUAUGGGCCCUGGAGGUAUGGGCUCAGGUAUGGGUUUUGGCAUGGAUGGGGGCGCGCGGGGAGGGGGAGGCGGAGGGGGGUGGGGAAUGGGGGGCAUGGGGGGAAUGUCAGGCAUGGGGAACAUGGGCAUGGGCGGGAACAUGGGCGGAGGCAUGGGGAUGGGAAUGGGCGGAGCGGGCGGAAUGGGGAUGAACAUGGGAUUCGCGAACGGGCCUGUACGAGGAGGGAUCUUUUAUCGCACGAAGAUGUGCGUGAAGUUCCGCAAUGGCGUGUGCCCGUACGUGACCAACUGCAACUUCGCCCACACGCAGGAGGAGCUGAGAAGGCCCGUGCCCAGCUGGGGCGGGGAUGACAUGGCGGCACGCAAAGGCGCGGGGGAUGGCAGGGGGCCGGCACGGGGAGAGCUGCAGCGAUAUGGGGGAGGGCCCAUCGACCCAUCCAUGCUGCCGCCGCCCUAUGCCGACCAGUUUCACCGCAUGGGGCCCGGCAUGCCCCCCAUGGGCACCAUGGGGGGGCCAAUGGGCGCACUGGGGGGAGGCCUUGGGGGAAAUGUCCCCCCUGACUUCCUCCCGUAUGGGCCUGGCGGUGGGCCUGCGGGUGGGCCUGGUUUUCCCGGUGCUGCUGGGAUGGGAGGGGGUGGGGUUGGAGCGGGGCCUUUUCUCCGGCCUCCUCCUAUAGGGUUUGGUCCUGGGGGUGGGGCGAUGGGGAGAGGAGGGCCCAUGCCUGGCCAGGGAGGCUCCUUUGCUGAUGGUAGGCAUGGGAUGGGAGGCGGUUUGGCGGGUUUGGGAGGUGGUGGUGGCAGAGGGAGGGGGAGAGCGGAGGGUGGGAGAGGGUUGAGUGGUGGGGUUAGGAUGGAGAGAGAUGGUGUGAAUUUGUUAUAUGGGGAUUGGGUUGAGGAGGAUGAGUGGGCAGGGAAGGAAGGGGACGAGGGCGAGGAAGUGGAGGGGGAAUUUGAGGGUGGGAGGUUACUGGACGAUGGGUGUGAUGAGUUGUUUGCAUGGGUGUGGCAUAAGGAAAUGGAGCAUAGCAUUGAGAAGGAGAGUGGUUUGGACAUUACAUUUGAAAGCCUUUUGCAGGGGGGUGGGGGAUCACACUUUCUAUCGAUGCCUAGAAGGAAAGCCAAAGUAAUUAAGGCUAGUGGUAACAGAGUGGUUCCUUAUAUGCUGAAGGCUCCAUGUACAUUUUAA